UUCAAAACCGAGCGGCGUCGCCACCGUCUCCCUCCGAACCUACCACACUCCUCCGCUCGCUCGCAAGCUCCCUCUCCUUCCCACCAUGGAGGCCUUCGCUUCCGCCUCGACCUGGCGCAUGGACUCCCUCCGGACCGCGCUCCCCUCGCUCCGCCCCUCCCCGUCGGCGGCUCUCGGCGGCGCUCCCCGUCCGCGCAAGCAGGCGGCCGGCCGGGUCGGCGCCUCCGCCUCCCCGUUCCUCCGGAGCUCCUUCGUCUCCACGUCAACAUCCGCUUCUUCAUGCGCAUCUCCCGCCCCGGUCUCCGCCGCGGUCUCGGCGUCGCUCGCCUUCUCGUACACCUCCUCUUUCUCCGUGGAGUCAGGCUUUGAGCACCGACUGUUUGGAAUUGAUGUCCGUGGAAGGAUACUGGCAAUGAGACACGGGAAACGCAUUCCUAGACUUGGCAGACCUGCAGAUCAGCGGAAGGCACUUCUGCGUGGGCUGACCACACAGCUGCUGAAGCACGGGAGGAUAAAGACUACCAAGCCAAGGGCAAAGGCGAUGAGGAAGUGGGUUGAUAAGAUGAUCACGAUGGCGAAGGAUGGAUCUCUGCACAAGAGGAGACAGGCCUUGGGAUAUAUUUAUGAGAAGAAUAUAGUCCACGCACUGUUUGCCGAGGUUCCAGACAGGUAUGGGGAAAGAAAUGGGGGCUACACGAGGAUCAUCCCGACAUUUCCGAGGCGGGGAGACAAUGCACCUAUGGCUUACAUCGAGCUUGUCUAGAGGAUCCUUGUAUGUGAUCGACAUGUCGGAUCCAGUCGAUCCAUUUGGUGCUGCUCAGGCCGGGUGUUCUGCAAAUUGCCUAUCUGUUUUCUAAAUGUUAUUUUUGUAAAACAAAGUGUAGAUCAUGUGUGGAAUUUUGAGCUCGUCACAACAUCAGGGUGCUAUACUAUUAAUCAGGAAAGUGUUCCCGGUAACACAAUCCGGUUUGUUUCAA